AUGGCUGAUACUGAUGAUGUAUUGAAUGAAGAACGUCAAAUCAAUGAUGAUUAUAAAAUUUGGAAGAAAAAUUCUGCUUUCCUCUAUGAUUUAAUUAUGACCCACGCAUUAGAAUGGCCAUCAUUAACUGUGCAAUGGUUACCACAUGUAACAAAAUCCGACGAUAACAAAGAUUGUACGACGCAUCGUCUUAUUCUUGGCACACAUACAUCAGAUGAACAAAAUCAUUUAGUCAUUGCUUGCGUACAAAUUCCUAAAGAUGGAGGUGUCAGUGAUUCUACGCAAUAUGAAUCUGAACGAGGAGAAUUUGGAGGUUUUGGAUUAUUCAAUGCAAAAAUCGAUAUUGAAUUGAAAAUCAAUCAUGAUGGUGAAGUCAAUCGAGCUCGAUAUAUGCCGCAAAAUCCGUCUCUGAUUGCGACAAAGUCUCCCUCAGCUGACGUUUUGAUCUUCAAUUACACGAAAUUAGCCAGUCAAUCAAAAGAGCAAUUAAUGAACCAAAGUGCCGACUGUUGUCCUGAACUACGUCUUCGUGGACAUACCAAGGAAGGCUAUGGUCUUUCAUGGAAUCCAAAGUCCAGUGGCCAUAUUUUAUCUGCAUCAGAUGAUCAUACAGUCUGCUACUGGAAUAUUGAAAAAGGAGCGACCGAAGGCAAAUUUGUUGAUCCAUUGGCAGCUUUUUCUGGGCAUCAAGCGGUUGUCGAAGACGUCGCUUGGCAUUUAUUUCAUGAAACGUUGUUCGGUUCCGUUGGUGACGAUUGCAAACUAAUGAUUUGGGAUACUCGUUCGUCAAAUUUGACAAAACCAUCGCACGUCGUCGAUGCACAUUCUGCCGAAGUCAAUUGUUUAUCAUUCAAUCCAUUUUCAGAAUACAUUCUCGCAACUGGAUCAGCUGACAAGACGGUGGCACUCUGGGAUCUUCGAAAUUUGAAAUUGAAAUUGCAUACAUUCGAAUCGCAUAAAGACGAAAUCUUUCAAGUUCAAUGGUCACAUCACAAUGAGACUAUUCUCGCGUCUAGUGGUACAGAUAGACGAUUACACGUUUGGGAUUUAAGCAAAAUUGGUGAAGAACAAACCGGUGAUGACGCAGAGGAUGGUCCACCCGAAUUAUUGUUUAUCCAUGGUGGACAUACAGCAAAGAUUUCGGAUUUCUCCUGGAAUCCUAAUGAACCAUGGGUGAUUUGUUCAGUUUCGGAAGAUAAUAUCAUGCAAGUCUGGCAAAUGGCUGAGAACAUCUACACAGAAGAUGAAACUGAAGCAAAUUCGGCUGAUCUCGAAUAA